GGGCUCUCCUGGGACCCGUCUCCCUCUUCCCACCUUCCCCCGCUGACCGCGGCGGUGCCUGCGGCAGAGCCUCCCUCUGCAGCAGCCCCUUGCACUUGGCUCGCACUUCUGGGCGCUGUCCAUGGUUGCAGCAGUUUUCGGCGUUCCACGUCAGGAGGCCGCAGCAGGGCCCUGCGAUUGGCGGAGGAGCCCCUCGCCAUACCCCUGCACCUCCGCCCACGCGCCACGGCCCCGGAGGCGCGUGCCAGAGAGCGUGCCCGGCGCGCCCCGGGGCUCCCGGGCGGCACACCCACUUUCCUUAUUAGGGCAGAGUCGAGUGCCCAGAGCCGGCGGCCGGGCGAGGGGUGGGGCGGGGAGCCCGGGGGCCAGACGGCCGAGGGCGCAAGCACAGCCUCAGCCGCAGCCGCCUCCGAGCGGCAGGAGGGAGCAGUCGGUCGCUGCGCCCCGGCGGGCCACUUUCCCGGGACCCUGCUCCUCUUCCUUGUACCGAGAUUUUCCACUGCGCCCCUCCUAGUACCCGGGUUCCAAACCCCUAGCCACGACAUGGAAGAAUUUUUGCAACGCGCCAAAUCUAAACUGAAUCGAAGCAAACGCUUGGAGAAGGUCCAUGUGGUUAUUGGGCCUAAAUCAUGUGACUUGGAUUCUCUCAUUUCGACCUUCACAUAUGCUUACUUUCUAGACAAGGUCAGUCCACCAGGGGUUCUGUGUUUACCAGUGCUGAACAUACCAAGAACUGAAUUCAACUACUUCACCGAGACGAGGUUUAUUUUAGAAGAGCUAAAUAUUUCCGAAUCAUUCCACAUAUUCCGGGAUGAAAUUAACCUGCAUCAACUAAAUGAUGAAGGGAAGUUAUCGGUAACACUUGUUGGCGGCAACGUGCUGGCGAGUGAAGACAAAACUUUAGAAUCAGCAGUUGUCAAAGUCAUUAAUCCGGUUGAGCAGAGCGAUGCCAACGUUGAGUUCCGAGAGUCUUCCUCUUCCCUCGUGCUGAAGGAGAUUCUCCAGGAGGCUCCUGAGCUCAUCACCGAGCAACUGGCUCAUCGCCUCAGAGGUAGCAUUCUUUUCAAGUGGAUGACCAUGGAAUCAGAGAAGAUCUCAGAGAAGCAGGAGGAAAUUCUUUCUGUCCUGGAAGAAAAAUUUCCUAACUUACCUCCAAGAGAGGACAUCAUCAACGUCCUACAGGAGACCCAGUUCAGUGCUCAGGGUUUAAGUAUUGAACAGACAAUGUUGAAAGAUCUAAAGGAACUGUCUGAUGGAGAAAUAAAAGUGGCCAUUAGUACUGUGAGCAUGAACCUUGAGAAUUGUCUGUUUCACAGCAAUAUUACCAGUGACUUGAAGGCAUUUACAGACAAGUUUGGUUUUGAUGUCCUCAUCCUGUUCGCCAGCUAUCUGUCAGAGGAGCAGCAGCCGAGACGACAGAUUGCUGUGUACUCAGAAAACGUGGAGCUGUGCAGUCAGAUUUGCUGUGAGCUAGAAGAGUGUCAGAACCCUUGCCUAGAACUGGAGCCCUUUGACUGUGGCUGUGAUGAGAUCCUGGUGUACCAACAAGAGGACCCUUCAGUGACUUGUGAUCAGGUGGUUCUCGUUGUCAAGGAAGUCAUCAACAGGAGGUGUCCAGAGAUGGUCUCCAACAGCCGGACGUCCUCAACAGAAGCCGUGGCAGGCAGUGCCCCCCUCUCCCAGGGGUCUUCUGGGAUUAUGGAAUUGUAUGGUUCUGACGUAGAGCCACAGCCCAGCUCUGUGAAUUUCAUAGAGAACCCUCCAGAUCUCAACGAUUCUAACCAGGCUCAGGUGGAUGCAAACGUAGACCUCGUUAGCCCAGACAGCGGACUGGCUACCAUUAGGAGCAGCCGCUCAUCCAAGGAGAGCUCUGUUUUCCUCAGUGAUGAUAGCCCCGUGGGAGAAGGUGCUGGGCCUCACCAUACCCUCCUCCCAGGGCUUGACUCCUACAGCCCCAUCCCUGAAGGGGCAGUUGCGGAGGAACACGCAUGGUCUGGAGAACAUGGUGAACACUUCGACCUCUUCAAUUUUGACCCAGCACCCAUGGCUUCUGGCCAGUCCCAGCAAUCUUCUCAUUCCGCAGACUACUCCCCAGCGGAUGACUUCUUCCCCAACAGCGACCUGUCAGAAGGACAGCUCCCCGCUGGGCCUGAAGGACUUGAUGGCAUGGGAACCAACAUGUCUAAUUAUUCAUCCACUUCACUUUUGUCGGGGGCUGGCAAAGAUAGCCUUGUGGAAUAUGAUGAGGAGUUUGUCCAGAGACAAGAAAGUCCCAGAGAUAACUCUGAAAGAAAUUUGAGCCUGACAGAUUUUGUGGGAGAUGAAUCCCCUUCCCCAGAAAGGCUAAAAAAUAUUGGAAAGAGGAUCCCACCAACACCCAUGAAUAGUUUAGUAGAAAGCUCGCCAUCCACGGAAGAACCAGCCUCACUUUAUACAGAAGAUAUGACCCAAAAAGCCACUGACACAGGUCACAUGGGGCCACCUCAGACCCAUGCACGGUGCAGCAGCUGGUGGGGUGGUUUGGAAAUUGACUCCAAAAAUAUUGCAGAUGCGUGGAGUUCUAGUGAACGGGAAUCUGUUUUCCAGAGCCCUGAAUCGUGGAAAGAGCAUAAGCCAAGCUCCAUUGAUAGGAGAGCCUCAGAUUCUGUAUUUCAGCCAAAGAGUCUCGAAUUCACAAAGUCAGGUCCCUGGGAGUCUGAAUUUGGUCAGCCUGAACUGGGUAGUAAUGAUAUUCAAGACCAAAAUGAAGAAAGCUUGUCAUUCCAGAAUGUGCCCAUGGAGAAGCCGCCUUUGCCAAAUACAUCUCCCCAAGGAACAAACCACCUGAUAGAAGACUUUGCUUCUUUGUGGCAUUCUGGUCGCUCUCCCACAGCCAUGCCCGAGCCCUGGGGAAAUCCUACAGAUGAUGGUGAACCAGCAGCUGCGGCGCCAUUCCCAGCCUGGAGUGCGUUUGGUAAGGAAGAUCAUGCUGAAGCGUUAAAAAAUACCUGGAAUUUGCACCCAACAAGUGGCGAGACACCUUCUGUUAGGGACCCGAAUGAGUGGGCCAUGGCAAAAGGUGGAUUUGUCUUUUCUUCUUCAGAACUACUGGACAAUUCACCCAGUGAGAUAAAUGAAGCAGCUCCAGAAAUCUGGGGCAAGAGGAACAAUGACUCCAGGGAUCACAUCUUUGCACCUGGAAAUCCCAGUUCUGAUCUGGAUCAUACAUGGACUAAUUCUAAGCCACCAAAAGAAGAUCAGAAUGGUUUAGUGGAUCCUAAAACUAGGGGCAAAGUAUAUGAAAAGGUAGAUUCCUGGAACCUUUUUGAGGAGAGUAUGAAGAAAGGAGGGUCAGACGUCCUAGCUCCUUGGGAAGAUUCCUUCUUAUCUUACAAAUGCUCUGAUUACAGUGCAUCCAACCUAGGAGAAGAUUCGGUGCCAUCCCCCUUAGAUACCAAUUACUCCACCUCAGACUCUUACACAUCACCAACAUGUGCUGGAGACGAAAAGGAAACUGAACACAAGCCAUUUGCUAAAGAGGAAGGUUUUGAGUCAAAAGAUGGUAACUCCACGGCAGAGGAGACUGACAUUCCACCUCAGUCACUGCAACAGCCAUCUCGAAAUCGAAUCAGUUCAGGUCCUGGGAACCUAGACAUGUGGGCUUCACCUCAUACAGAUAACAGUUCUGAAAUAAAUGCCACUCACGACCCGGAUGAAAAUGAACUCAAGACAGAGCACACAGAUGGUAAGAAUGUCUCCAUGGAGGAGGACGUGGGGGAAAGCAGCCAGUCCAGUUACGAUGACCCCAGCAUGAUGCAACUGUACAAUGAAACAAACCGACAACUCACACUUUUGCACAGCAGCACCAACUCCCGGCAGACAGCGCCUGACAGUCUCGACUUGUGGAACAGAGUGAUUUUGGAGGAUACGCAGUCCACAGCAACGAUCUCAGAUAUGGACAAUGAUUUGGACUGGGAUGACUGCAGCGGGGGUGUGGCACUCCCCAGUGACGGUCAAACAGAAGGAUACAUGGCUGAAAGUACCGAGCCAGAAACCCGAUUUACAGUGAGACAGCUGGAACCCUGGGGCUUGGAGUAUCAGGAGGCAAAUCAGGUAGAUUGGGAGCUCCCUGCCUCUGAUGAGCAUACCAAGGACAGUGCUCCCAGUGGACAUCACACACUGAAUGAGAAAAGUGGGCAGCUAAUUGCAAACAGUAUUUGGGAUUCUGUCAUGAGAGAUAAAGACAUGUCAUCGUUCAUGUUACCAGGUUCCUCAUAUCUCACAGAUUCAGAGCAAAGCGAAUUGCCUUCUGAAAUCCCCAGCCAUUCAGCAAAUGUUAAAGACACUCACUGCCCAGAUGCGCCAGCAGCUUCUGGAACCAGUGAGUCAGGGGUACUUAUAUCUCAUCUUGACAACCAGGAGACAGAGAGAGAAACCCUGCAAAGUGAUGCAGCAUCCUUGGCGACUAGGCUUGAGAAUCCAGGGCAUUUUGCACACCCAGAUCCAUGGAAAGGUCGUAGCAAUGGACAAAGUGAAAGUGAGAAGGAAGCCCAGGGAGCCACUAACAGGGAGCACCUCGAUGAAGAGGAGGUGAUCGCCUCUGGUGUGGAGAGUGCCUCAGGGAUUUCUGAAAAAGGGCAGAGUGACCGGGAACUGUCUUCUCUGGUUGCAUCUGAACAUCAGGAAAUCUGCGUUAAAUCAGGCAAAAUCAGCUCUCUUGCAGUCACUUUCAGUCCUCAAACCGAGGAACCAGAGGAAGUUUCCGAGUGUGAGAAGGGGUCUCACAAUCUAGACUCCCGUGAUGUGCAAACAGGGAUGUCUGCAGAUAACCUGCGGCCAAAAGACACCUAUGAACAGCACCUCAUGAGUCAGAGAAAUUCAGGUGAAACUACUGAGACUUCAGAUGGGAUGAAUUUCCCAAAAUAUGUAUCUGUACCAGAAAAGAAUCUUGAGAAAACUGAAGAAUAUAACAUUCUAGAGCCAGAGAAUGUGGGUGGAAGGGGACCUCACAAAGUUCCCCGAGGCCUUGACUUUGGGGAUGCUCCUGUAGACAGUGUCGUGCAUGUCAGCUGCACAAGUUCCGAGAUAACCAAAAAUCUUGACGUUAAGGGGACUGAAAAUAGCCUUCCAGGAGCCAGUUCAUCUGGAAAUUUUGACAGAGAUACUAUUUCUAGUGAGUAUACUCAUUCAAGUGCAUCAAGUCCUGAGUUAAAUGAUUCUUCAGUUGCGCUGUCUUCCUGGGGCCAGCAACCCAGUUCUGGGUAUCAGGAAGAGAACCGAGGUAAUUGGAGUGAACAGAAUCACCAAGAAUCUGAACUAAUUACCACUGAUGGCCAAGUAGAAAUAGUUACCAAAAUGAAGGAUUUAGAGAAAAACAGAACAAAUGAGUUUGAAAAGAGUUUGGAUCGCAAAACUCCUACAUUUUUAGAGAUCUGGAAUGACUCGAUUGAUGCUGAUUCCUUGUCCUCUUUGUCUAGUCCUGAAACAGGCAGAUAUUCUGAGCAUUCAGGGACACGUCAGGAAAGCAAUCUCAUCGCUAGCUACCAGGAGAAAAAUGAACAUGACAUUUCUGCAACUGUGCAGCCAGAGGAUGCCAGGGCCAUUUCAACAAGCUCAGGUUCUGACGAUGACAGUGUCGGUGGUGAAGAGUCAGUGGAGGAAGAGAUCCAGGCGGCCAACUGCCACGUUGCUCAGGAUGAAUCCAGGGCUUGGGAGUCACUGAAUGAAUCGAAUAAGUUCUUGGUCACAGCUGAUCCUAAGUCUGAAAAUAUUUAUGACUACCUAGGCAGCUCAGAGCCAGCAGAGAAUGAGAGUAAGUCAAACCCAUUCUGUGACAAUCAGCAAAGCAGCCCUGAUCACUGGAAUUUCUCACCGUUAACGGAGACUGAAACACAGAUUCCAGCAGUGGAGAAGGAGAUGAGAUCUUCUCCAGAAACAGGGAAGACAGGAGAUGUUGCAUGGCAAAUAUCUCCCAAAGCUGAACCAAAGAACGAAGAUAAUUCUCAACUGGAAAUGCUGGGCUUCUCAGCUGAUAGCACUGAGUGGUGGAAUGCCUCACCCCAGGAAGGGAGACUAAUUGAGAGUACAUUUGAAAGAGAGCUGUCUGAUCCCAGUGAUGUGUUGGAGAUAAAUUCUUCCGUAUAUCAAAAUGCCAGUCCCUGGGGAGUACCAGUUCAGAAUGAUAUUGAGCCCGUGGAAACACACUAUGCUAAUCCUUUUAGUGACAACCAUCAGUCACCCUUCCUGGAAGGUAAUGGGAAGAACUCCCAUGAGCAACUCUGGAACAUUCAACCAAGGCAGCCAGACCCAGAUGCUGACAAAUUCAGCCAGCUUGUAAUAUUGGACCAAAUCAAAGAAAAGGACUCAAGAGAGCAAACCUUUGUGUCUGCUGCUGGCGAUGAGCUGACUCCUGAAACACCGACCCAGGAGCGGCAUCGGGACGCCAUGCUGUCAGUCUGCAAUCAGCCAGAUGCAGGCUUUACUCAUGCAGAGGAAAAUGGUUGUGUUACAUCUAAUGUUUCAACAAAUGAAGGUCAAGAAACAAAUCAGUGGGAACAAGAAAAAUCAUACCUGGGUGAGAUGACACAUUCAAGCAUUGCCACAGAAAAUUUUCCUGCUGUCAGUUCUCCCACCCAACUGAUAAUGAAGCCAGGCUCUGAAUGGGAUGGCUCUGCCCCAAAUGAGGACUCCCAAGGUACAUUUGUGCCAGAUAUUUUACAUGGCAACUUUCAAGAGGGUGGGCAGCUGGCCUCUGCCGCGCCUGACUUGUGGGUGGAUGCUAAGAAGCCCAUCAGUUUGAAAGCAGAUGGUGAGAAUCCUGAUAUCCUGACACAUUGCGACCACGACAGCAAUUCUCAGGCUUCCAACAGCCCUGAUAUAUGUCACGAUUCUGAAGCGAAGCAAGACACUGAGAAGCACCUCGGUGCUUGCAUGAGACCUGAAGUGGAAUCCAGUGAGCUUUGUCUCACUGAGCCAGAGAUGGAUAAAGAACCCAUUCAUGAGCCUGGACAGGAGUUUGUCCCAUCCAAUGCAGAACUCGAUUCUGAAAACGCAACUCCGCUGCCUCCAAUUGGCAAUCAGGCAGACAUAAAGGGCUCCUCUCAGCCCGCCUCUCAUAAAGGUUCACCUGAACCUUCUGAAAUAAAUAGUGAUGACAAUACAGAUUUACAAGCAUCAGAAAAAGGAGCCAGCCCAGAUAUGGCACCAAUUUUGGAACCAGUUGACAGAAGAAUCCCAAGGAUUGAAAAUGUGGCAACUAGCAUUUUUGUAACUCACCAAGAGCCAACUCCGGAAGGCGACAGUUCUUGGUUAUCAGACAGCUUUUCUCCUGAAAGUCAGUCUGGUGCAAGAGCUUUGUUUGAUGGUGAGCCACGUUUAUCCACAGAGAAUCCUGCCAUGGUUCCUGAUGCUUUGCUAGCCUCAGACACUUGUCUGGAUAUAAGCGAAGCUGCCUUUGACCACAGUUUCAGCGAUGCCUCAGGUCUCAACACAUCCACGGGAACGAUAGAUGACAUGAGUAAACUGACAUUAUCCGAAGGUCAUCCUGAAACGCCAGUUGAUGGGGACCUAGCGAAGCAAGAUAUCUGCUCAUCCGAAGCCUCGUGGGGUGAUUUUGAAUACGAUGUAAUGGGCCAGAAUAUCGAUGAAGAUUUACUGAGAGAGCCUGAACACUUCCUGUAUGGUGGUGACCCUCCUUUGGAGGAAGAUUCUCUGAAGCAGUCGCUGGCACCAUACACACCUCCCUUUGAUUUAUCCUAUCUCACAGAGCCUGCCCAGAGUGCUGAAACAAUAGAGGAAGCUGGGUCUCCAGAGGAUGAGUCUCUGGGAUACAGAGCAGCAGAGAUAGUGCUUUCUGCGCUUCCUGAUAGAAGAAGUGAGGUAAACCAGGCUGAGACCAAAAACAGACUGCCUGGAUCCCAGCUGGCUGUGCUGCAUAUUCAUGAAGACCCUGAGUCCGUUUAUUUGCCUGUAGGAGCAGGCGCCAACAUUUUGUCUCCAUCAAGCACUGACUGGGAAGUAGAAACAGAUAAUUCUGAUUUACCAGCAGGUGGAGACAUAGGACCACCAAAUGGUGACAGCAAGGAAAUAUCAGAAUUGGAAGAAGAAAAAGUAAUUCCUACCAAAGAGCCUGAGCAGAUAAAAUCAGAAUACAAGGAAGGCAGAUGUACAGAGAAGAAUGAAGAUCGUCAUGUACUACACAUGGAUUACAUACUUGUAAACCAUGAAGAAAAUUUACAUUCAAAGCCAGAGGCCCGUGAAGAAAGAGAAAGCAUAGCUGAAUUAGAAUUGUAUGUAGGUUCCAAAGAAACAGGGCCGCAGGGAACUCAGUUAGCAAGCUUCCCAGACACAUGUCAGCCUGCCUCCUUAAAUGAAACAAAAGGUAUCUCUGCAGAGAAAAUGUCUUCUAAAGGCGAUACGAGAUCAUCUUUUGAAAGCCCUGCACAAGACCAGAGUUGGAUGUUCUUGGGCCAUAGUGAGGUUGGUGAUCUAUCAUCAGGGCCUGGGUGGUCUGGCAAGACUGUGGAGCCAUUCUCUGAACUCAGCUUGGGCGAGGGUCCCCAGCUGCAGAUUCUGCAAGAAAUGAAGCCUCUAGAAUCUUUAGCACUAGAGGAAGCCUCUGGUCCAGUCAGCCAAUCACAGAAGAGUAAGAGCCGAGGCAGGGCUGACCCGGAUGCAGUUAUGUUGCAGGCUGUCACCCAUGACAGUGAAUGGGAAAUGCUUUCACCACAGCCUGCUCAGAAAACCAUGAUCCGUGACACGGAAAUGGAGGAGGAGACAGAGUUCCUUGAGCUCGGAACCAGGAAACCAAGACCACAUGGACUACUGUCAGAGGAUGUAGGAAUGGACAUCCCGUUUGAAGAGGGGGUGCUGAGUCCCAGUGCUGCAGACAUGAGGCCUGAACCUCCUAAUUCUCUGGAUCUUAAUGGCACUCAUCCUCGGAGAAUCAAGCUCACAGCCCCAAAUAUCAAUCUUUCUCUGGACCAAAGUGAAGGAUCUAUUCUCUCUGAUGAUAACUUAGACAGUCCAGAUGAAAUUGACAUCAAUGUGGAUGAACUUGAUACCCCCGAUGAAGCAGAUUCUUUUGAGUACACUGGCCAUGAAGAUCCCACAGCCAACAAAGAUUCUGGCCAAGAGUCAGAGUCUAUUCCAGAAUAUACGGCCGAAGAGGAACGGGAGGACAACCGGCUGUGGAGGACAGUGGUGAUUGGAGAACAAGAGCAGCGCAUUGACAUGAAGGUCAUCGAGCCCUACAGGAGAGUCAUUUCUCACGGAGGAGAUUCAGGAUACUAUGGGGACGGUCUAAAUGCCAUCAUUGUGUUUGCCGCCUGUUUUCUGCCAGACAGCGGUCGGGCGGAUUACCACUAUGUCAUGGAAAAUCUUUUCCUAUAUGUAAUAAGUACUUUAGAGUUGAUGGUAGCUGAAGACUAUAUGAUUGUGUACUUGAAUGGUGCAACCCCAAGACGGAAGAUGCCAGGGCUAGGCUGGAUGAAGAAAUGCUACCAGAUGAUUGACAGACGGUUGAGGAAGAAUUUGAAAUCAUUCAUCAUUGUUCAUCCAUCUUGGUUCAUCAGAACAAUCCUUGCUGUGACACGACCUUUUAUAAGUUCAAAAUUCAGCAGUAAAAUUAAAUAUGUCAAUAGCUUAUCAGAACUCAGUGGGCUGAUCCCAAUGGAUUGCAUCCACAUUCCAGAGAGCAUCAUCAAGUACGAUGAAGAGAGAUCUUAUAAGAGAAGUGUGAGACUGGAUGAAGAACUGAGGGAAGCUUCAGAAGCAGCUAAAACUAGCUGCCUUUACAAUGAUCCAGAAAUGUCUUCUAUGGAGAAGGAUAUUGACUUGAAGCUGAAAGAAAAGCCCUAGUUGGCCACGCUGGAAGAAGAGGAUGCUUUUCCGGUUCAUGGUUCUGUUGAAACUUAUCUACCUGAAAGAGACAGGGCUGAUGUGCCAUUCUAAAUUUCUAAGGGGAAAAAUAGGAAGAAAGUUUGUUUACUCUUAACGUAUUUUGUGAAAUUGUGUGUACUUUCCUAUUUUGCCAAUUAUGUGCCUCAAAGAUUUUAGUUGAGCCUUAGCAAGAAAGUACGACCUUCCAUUUCAAUACUUCGUUGACACAGUGCGGUGAUAUUUUGUCCCUUACCCAGGUGUUUACCAGUAAGAUACCUUUAAUCCACUGUAAAUAUUAGUGGAUUUGUUUCCAUAGAUUAGCUGGAUUACCCUUUGGUGAUUGCAUUAGGUUUAAAGGACACAGGGCUCAACUCCUCCCAGGAAAGUUACCCCUGUGCGACUCCACCUUUAAAAUCCUAAGCCUGACUAGGACAGCCAUAAACCACACAAGGUAUAAAACCAUCAUCAGCUAAGUGCCCACUUUGUUCUUGUUUACCAGAAUCUCCUUUAACUUCUCAAAGGGAAGCCGGGCUUUCUAAUCCACAUCAACUUUAUUUUAGUUGUCAGAUUGGUCAUUACAUUUUAUGUAAAUUGGUCUUUUAACAGAUCAUUUUUCUGAUGAAUGUUGGUGACCUCCACAUUGCGAAAUUUAAGAAUGAGCGUUGCAAGUUUGGUAGCUCUCUGAGCUUCAAGCCAUAAACUCAGCUCAAGAUGUUACCUUAUAAGUGCCAAGAGCUCAAGUGCAAGGUGGCCUACUCAAAAAUCAUUUGGUAGCAUUCAGUUAUCCAUGAAUUCUUCUCUCGCAUGCAUUAUAAAAAGUGAUCUGCUUUAAAACACUAUAAUCUGAUCACAGGCUUAAAAUUAAAUAUGAGUAUAUUAAAUUAAAUAUGUACUUUCAUGUACAAAAUAUUUCCUUUAUAGUCUUCAUAUGCCCUGUAAAAUGCCGACAAGAUUUCAAGUCUGUAGGCCUCUAGCGGGGUGGGGUGGCAAACCACAGCUAACUCUAGCUCACCACUGCAAGCUCAGAAUGGCUUUUAUAUUUUGGGUUGGAAAAAAAAUUUUUUGAAUACUUCAUGACACAUGAAAAUUAUUCAAAUGUUAGUACCCAUAAAUAAAGUGUUACUGAAACACAGCCACACAAACUUGUUUUUGUGCUGUCUACAGCUACUUUCACACUACAACUGCAGAGCUGAGCAGUUCAACAGACCGUAUGUCCCACAAUGCCUAAAACGUUGAGUAUGUUUACAGAAAAAGUUUGCUGACCCCUGCUCUAGCAAACGCAUCCUUUCCUAGUCCACCCCAAUUUGUAUUUAGUUUCCCUAACAGAACGGACAAAUGAGGCUGCAAACUAAUUUAUUUUUGUCAAAAAUAAAUGUUUUGACAUCCACAGACAGUAAAAUAGAAGAAAUAGCCUGCUGAAAAAGAUGAGGAGCCCUAGCCACAAAAUCACUGCUUAGGUUGCAAUUGUCAAAAAUGAAGCCUUCUUAGAAGCACCUCUUUAGUAUUUACAGGUGUUGGCUGAAGUCCGCACCUCACUCUGGGAACCAUUCUUAGUCUCCAGUGUCUCCUAUUACAAAGAAGCUGGCAGAAAUGAAAAUGAAGGGGAGAGAGGGGCUCCCCCCUAGUCUCUUGGUGGAAAAUUCACUAGGGAGAGCUGUCCAGGAUACUUGGAGCUCUUGGUAGAAGGAGCCUGUAACUGCUUUGAAGUAGACGUCAUUGCACAGGUGACUGAGUUUCUCUGACCUCAUUGCUUCAUGUCUGUCUCCUCCUGUCCUCCUGCAUGUGCUCCCACACACACAGGUCGGCCCUCUUUCCUCCAUAAGCCUCCAUCAUUUUCUCUUUUCUCCUCUUGAUUGAGAUACAAAAGCGAGUAUCUUGUUGAAUUGUAUGUUCUAUUGGAUCUCCUCCCUCAUAACACCUGGCUUGUUGGACAGAAAAACCCUACAGCCCACCCUCUCCCAUAGCCCCUUCUCCACUUUUGAUAGCCCAAAUUACGCCUCUCCCAGAACACAGUGUUGACAUAAACACAGUUACCCAAUAUUCCUGUUUGUUCACCUAUCUGCUACUUUCACUCAGUAGCAUCCCAUUUUGUAAAAUGAAUUGCAUGGUCACCCUGUCACAGGAAGUAAUGAAGAAUCCAGUGUUCAGUGUAGUGGUGCAAACCUGAGGGCGUAGAGCUGUUCAUAGAGGGCUCCUGUUAUAGCCAAACAGACACAGCGACAAUCUCACCAUAUAUAUAUAUAUAUAUUUAACUUGUCCAGCUCAUCUAUGGAAAACUACUCAGGUGGUAUGCUGUUUGAAGCCUCAUCUUCCUAUAUGAAAAUUGUGGGCAUUUAUCCCAAUGAUCUUGUUGCAGCUGUUCUGUGGUCUGCAAAACCACUCUGAUAUUUAGGUAUCUGCUAUUUUAUUAUCUUAAAAAGACAAUUUAAUUGCAUGUGCUAGAGAAAAGCUACCAUGUAAAUUCACCCCAAGUAAAUAGAAUCCUAGAUGAAUCCUAGAAAAAUGAUCCCUAAGCAGAUAGGUAGACAGAGGUAAACAUUCACAGGAUUCAGCUCUCUAGCUCUUGCAUUCUGAGCAUUCUUGCUUUGGUUCUGACUUCUGGGAACUGCUUUGCAUUUCCCCUAUAGAUCUGUAGUUUAAGGGAACCAAGGGGUCACUGGGGCAAAAGCAUUGUUUCUCAAAGCUCCUUGAUUAAGAGAACAGAAAUCUGCACAGAAGAUACUGUCAAGGAGUGAGAAAAUUUGUUUGAGGGCAGUAGCUCAGUGUGGAAGAAAAUCCUGAAGCUUCUGUUGAAACCGUACAAUGUUCUGUGGGGUUACUCUCUAAGGCAUUCUCUGAGGUGUGUGAGGAAGUCACUACUCCUAGCCUUUGUUCAGAUAUAAUUUUAAAUAUUCAGUUAUGGUACUAUGUUUGCAACUCUCAUCUUGUCACAAUGCCUCAGUAGUUUGUUCCCUUAGAAACAUUUAGAUGUGCACAAAUUAAUCUUUUAUAUAUCUAAAGGUUUUUCUAUCAUGUAUUGGGUUGCUCAGAAUAAAGUAUCUAUUAGACUUUGUUUUGGUAAAUAAAUUCUCCCUGUUGUAGAUUAAUAUAAAAUCUGUAAUGACAUAAUAUAUCUAUAUAGCCUUGCUGUAUAAUUCAGAAAUAAAAAUUGAUUCUGCAUGUUA